ACGAAUAAUACAAAAUUGUCUGCAUCAAUUGUAUCAGUGCGAUCGGAUCUUAUACCUGAAAAUAUAAUAUCGGCUUCUUGCCUUGCCAUGUUAUUUAACACCUGAAACGAGUUCAAGAUCAACUCUAGUGAGAUUUGAUAGCGCCAAUACUAAAUACGUAGAAUUGUUUCAGUGGAAUGGUGAAUGAGAAUACCGCAGAAACCCGUGAUAUUGCAUUUAUAUUUAUGUGAACAAAACCUGAGGAACAUUUUGAACUGAAUUCUUUCCAGGAUAUAUAGAAAUAUUUGGCAGAAUAAACCAUGUCGGACCAACGGACUAUUGUUAUUGCUAUUGAAGAUAGUGGGCAUUCUAUGGUAGCAUUCAACUUUUACGUUGAAAAUGUCCACAAGCCUGGAGAUCGUAUUGUCCUUGUCCAUGUGCCAGAGUAUAGCAAUGUAAUUGCAGACUCAUCUUUAUUAACAGACACACAGAUCCUUGCGGAGCUACUGAAAGUAACGGAAGAGAAAACACAAGAAUUGAUAGAUAAAUAUACUUUGAAAAUGGAGGAACUGCGACUCAACGGAUUUGUAAAGCAACAAAACGGAACUCCAGGGGAGGCUAUUUUAGAAGCUGUGAAAGAAGAGGGAGCAGAUCUAUUAAUUUUAGGGUCAAGAGGUCGAGGAUUUAUUCGCAGGACGUUUUUAGGAAGUAUUAGUGAUUACUGUCUCCACCACUGCAAUGUCCCUGUAAUAGUGUGUAGAUACAAAAAAUCAAAGCAAUCUCGGGACCAAGGUAUACAGUGAAUACGAAGGACUUCUUCAGAACACAAUAAUUAAAACAUUUAAAGAAGAUUAACGUAGCAGGCCCCUCGAUCGAUACACUUUUUGUUUGAAAUGUGAAAAGUUUUAAAAUCACCCGUUUUAUGUUGCAGUUGUAAAUUUCUUUCACUUGACCUGUUCAGAAACAUUCAUUCUUUGUAUUUUCUGAUAUUCCUUUUACUAAGAAGCGAGCAAUGUCAAAAUCACCCUUUCUUUAUUGCAGCUGUAAAAACUAUCAUCAAGCUGUUUGAAAGAGAUAUAUUUUGUAUAUUUUUCAUAUCUGAUACUUUACUCAAAUACAAGGUUGAAUUUAUAUCGCAUAUAUAAAUAUCAUGAAUGAAUAAACUCUUUAUAUAUAACAUUGAAAAAUUCUCAUAGGAAAAAAGAUUAUUUCAAAUAAUGUUUUCUUAUG